CUUUGAGUGUCUUUAUGUAGGUACAGAAUUAAGGACAUCGAAUAGAGUAGACAGAGAAUAGAGGUAUUCUCUGUCUACGCUUUAACACUACAAUGCUCUUCUACUUUUCGAAUAGUCAUUUUAGUGCAAUUGUCAAUAUAGUCAUUGUCAUUAGUGUCAACUUCAAUUCAUGAAUUUGUCAAAGUCGGUUAACAAGUCAGCGUGAAAUCGAAUAAUUUUGUGUUAUGUUAAUCCGAUAAAUCAAAAUAUUUGUCUAAGAUUAUUCUAUAACAGCUUGGCGUGUGGCUAAAACUCAAUAAUAUGUGAAUAAAAAUCUUAUACCUCUUUGAUUCGUAUUAGAAAUCAAUUCGGCAAGUGCAAAAAUGUUGCGAUAUUAUUUUAUGCCAAUUUGUUUUCUUUGCCUUUAUUCUGGAGUUGAGGCUUCGGUUGAGGCGAAAGGAGAUAAGGUGGUAGUGGAUUGUAGCACUUUACGACUAGGCCAGUACAUCUGCCCUGACCCAAACAAAGAUCAAAUCGAUCCUAACACCCAACAAUUUGCAGGAUGCGUCAAAGGAAAAGAUGUACCCUCUGAAGGGGAAGCUGAAGUCUACUGUAUCGCAUCUGAAGGCAUCAUUUGCAAUGAAACUAACAGCUCAUCAUUUAAACGGAAGAUGCCAUGUAAAUGGACGAAUGGCUAUUCACUAGAGAUAGCACUGCUACUUUCUGUGUUCCUGGGUAUGUUUGGACUGGACCGGUUCUACUUAGGUUAUCCAGGCAUCGGGCUAGCUAAGCUGUGUACAUUGGGAUUCAUGUUCCUGGGGCAACUCUUGGACAUAAUUCUCAUUGCUGCUCAGGUGGUUGGUCCUUCUGAUGGUUCAGCCUAUGUCAUACCCUACUAUGGAGCUGGUGUCACAGUAGUCCGCAGCACCAAUGAGACCUACUUGCUCCCCCAAGCAGACUGGCACAACAUCACUUGACAGUGGGGAACAAUAUCAUUUGAAGAUGAUGAGGACUAUGAAUGGACUUAAGAUCUGUUUAAUGUGAACCAAAAGUGGAC